CUCCCUCACCACCUCCUCCUCUCUCUCUCUCUCUCUCUCUCUCUAUAUAUAUAUAUAUAUUGUAUCUCUACAAAAAUGGAGAGAGUUGAUUUUACAAUGAAAGUGGCCAUAGUAGUGUGUGUGUUACUGUGCACUACUUGCCAAGUCUCCUUGGCCCUUAUUGAUGGAUUAUUACCAAAUGGCAACUUCGAGUAUGGUCCCAAGCCCUCGGACAUGAACGGCACGGAGGUGCUGAGACACAAUGCCAUACCGGAAUGGGAGAUAUCCGGCUUCGUGGAGUACAUAAAAGCGGGACAAAAGCAAGGUGACAUGUUGCUGGUGGUUCCGGAGGGAGCCUUUGCUGUUAGGCUAGGCAACGAGGCUUACAUAACGCAAAAAGUGAGAGUAACGAAGGGAAUGUACUAUUCCAUUACUUUCAGCGCGGCGCGCACGUGCGCUCAGGAGGAGUGGCUAAACGUGUCCGUGGCACCGGACUCCGGUGUUCUACCGAUGCAAACUUUGUAUAGUAGCAAUGGAUGGGACUCAUAUGCUUGGGCCUUCCAAGCCGACUUCGAUGUCAUAGAUAUUGUCAUUCAUAAUCCAGGCGUAGAGGAGGAUCCCGCUUGUGGACCACUUAUCGAUUCAAUUGCGUUCAGAUCUCUAUAUCCACCUAGAGCCACUAAUAAGAACAUACUAAAAAAUGGCGGUUUUGAAGAAGGACCGUAUGUGUUUCCAAACACAUCUUGGGGUGUCCUUAUCCCUCCAAACAUCGAGGAUGACCACUCUCCGCUACCCGGUUGGAUGGUUGAAUCUCUGAAAGCUGUCAAAUACAUAGACUCCGGCCACUUCUCGGUGCCUCAGGGCAAGAGAGCGGUUGAGCUUGUGGCGGGAAAAGAAAGUGCCAUUGCUCAAGUAACACGAACCAUCCCCGGAAAGACUUAUGACCUCUUCUUCGCGGUGGGAGACGCUAGCAACUCUUGCGAAGGGUCCAUGAUUGUUGAGGCAUUUGCCGGCAAAGACACCAUCAAGGUCCCCUACGAAUCCAAGGGCAAAGGGGGCUACAAGCGCGCUGUCCUUCGGUUUGUUGCUGCCUCAACGAGGACUCGAAUCAUGUUCCUUAGCACGUUCUACACCAUGAGAAGCGACGACUUCUCUUCCCUGUGUGGUCCCGUUGUUGAUGAUGUGAAGCUGCUCAGCGUUCGCAAACCACGAAGAUUGGUGUGAAGUUAGUAGCCACAAGUUAUGCAGUCGAAAGUGUUUCGCUGAUCACAUCAAGAACAUUUUUAGCCUUUUGAUAUAUGUAUUCGAUUAAUGCGCUCGAGCAUGAGAUGAAAACAAGCAGGAAGGAGUGUGAGUUUUAAAUUUAGCAUAUCUACUAUAAACAUAUUUUUCAUAUACUAAUGUCAUGAUGGUAUAUAUAAUAUACUAGUGUGGUGUUAUUGAGUGGUUUAUGUACUUUUAGCGAGAGAAAUGAGAGCAUUGGAGUUUAUUCAAGAUUCAAUGGAUUAGAGGUGAAAGAUAUGAGCCAAAGCUGCAAAACCUAUCCAAGUUUAGAGAAGAGAAGUUACUCUGUUCUAUUAUGUUGUACUAAGCUUUGUAUGUGUACGUACAAGGGGAAUAUGAAAUUUUGUUGCUUUA